GUACAGUCAAACGUCUGUCGCAUUUACGAAUGCAGAAAGAAAGACCUACUAAUUUUUUCGAUGCCAUUUGAACUAACGAGACCUAGAGGAUAUAAGUUAAACAUGUUCAACGCGUCUACCAUGAAACGUUCGAGAAUUCCUCUGGAACGAGGAUAAUCUCCAGAGUUGGAAGAAUGAAUGGUACACCCGUAAUUCGGGUCACGUGAUGGCUUCCCCCUGCACAGAUAGGCGGAUGGCUUGAAUCAGCCGUAGUGGUGGUAUCUCAGUUGCCCGGAAUUCGCUGAAGACGUCGGCAAGCUGCUGUUGCGCUGGUGGAGGGUGUUAAUUGAAAAGAAGAUCAGAACCUGAUUUCUUCAGUUUAAACAAGAAACGUGUAUUCGACAAUCUUUUGAUGUUGUAUAUUUGUUUGUCUAUGUUUUCCUUUUCAACAUAAUUUAUUUGCUGUUUUGCAAAGAAAGUAAAUGGUUUUAAAAGCUUGCAUGAAAUAACUGCAUGUUUUGUGUGAGCAUCUAUAUAAUAUAUUGAUCUGUCAACUAAUGAUAUAUGUGAAGAGCAUGCUGUCUUGCCAAAUAUGCCAGGUUUAGGAAGAUAUCCAUGUACUUCAUGUCAUUACGUUGCUGGUAACCGCCGCAUGUUAGCUAGGCAUGCUGUUUUAAUUCAUUCUGAAAAAGUAUUCAAGUGUCCUCUAUGUCCUUUUAUUACCCGAUAUGCCGCUAAUUGGUAUCGGCAUAAACGGGAUCUUCACGGACUUAAUAAAAUAACAACUUGUGAAGCAUGUGGUUUUUUUGCAAACAGCACUGCCGAGCUUGCCCAGCACAUAGAAGCAGAGCAUCCUGAACUCCUCCAGCUUGAGAAGUAUGAGGAUAAAUAUGCAAAAGAGAAAGCAAGACUAGGAGCAGAGGAACCCAUACAAGAUGACAUAGUGCCCGAAGUCACUCUCGUGGAGGAAGAGGUUACGAGUCUGCAGCCUGAUGAGAAGGAUGUUUAUGAUAUAAACAAUUAUGUUGAGGAAAUCAUCUGUCCUGAGGAGAAGACUACAAAUGCCGAUUCUGUAACAUUUUCUCUGCCUUCACUUGGACUACCAGGUGCUGAUGGAACUACAGUGAGUAGCAAUGGUGUCAAUGAAGUAUCUCCACAAUCUGUGGCAAUGACUGAUUCUGUAUCUUCACCUGAUAAAUUACGACCUUUAAAAGUUAAACGAAGUUAUAAUUGCAGUGACUGUGGUUUGUUAACUAGCAAUCCUCGAGAGUACUUAUACCAUCUUCAAAAUAUUCAUGGUGAAAAAAUUAACAUACAUGAAUGCAAAUAUUGUAUUUAUGCUUCUAAACAUAUACAGAAGUUAACUAGACAUAUUAAAUUAGUUCAUCGUCAAUUAAUCGCAAAAGAUCCCGAGUACUUGAAAGAACUCGAGGCAUCUAAAGAGAAAAAGUCGAAGUCGAGUAUGAUCACACUUGGAAUGCACUUUUCAUCUAAUAGUGAAUCGUACAAAAAUUCUGCUAAUGCAUCUAAACGAAAUCUUCAAAGAAAUAAAGGUCUAUUAAAGUGUUCUCUCUGUGCUUAUCAUACACGUAAUAGAUCGCUCAUGUUUCAUCAUGAAAAGACUGCUCAUUUGAAAAAAAGGUUUUAUCGUUGUCUUCAGUGUGGUUAUGUAACGAAUGAAAGAGGUCGUUAUACAAAGCACAUAAAAUACCACAGUUUGCCAAAAAUGCAGUGCGAAUUCUGUUUCUUUAAAACACCCUAUAAAUGGAAUAUGGACAGACAUAUGAAAAAUCAUGAGGUUGGUGCUGAAGGAGAAUUCCGAUGUACCACGUGUAAUUUCACCACUUCUACUAAACAAUCUUUUAAGUCUCAUGUGACAAACCACCAUGAUCCUACUGCUGAUGACGAAUGUUUUGAGCAGGAAGAUGAACUCAGUAACCCAAAUGAAUCAUCAGAAUGGGAGGAUAUUGAUUACUUUCAGGGAGAGGAGGAAAGUAUAUUGCCUUUGGAUGAAGUUGAAUCUAAUGAACCAUAUGAUUUUCCAUCAUCACGAGAAAAUGCUGACAUGGUUUGGAAGGAUGGCAAAGUUUAUCAAAAAACUCUGAAAUGUAGAACUUGUGAUUUUAGAGCUGCUUGGCCUUUUGAAUUGAAAAAGCAUGAAGAAACUCAUAAAAGUCAGAAAAAACAUCCAUGCCCCCUCUGUGGAAUGCGUUUUGAACACAUUGCUUGGUUGACUAAACAUUUACGGCGAGUUCAUAGAGAAGAUUCGGAAGCCAGAAAUAUAGCUGCUGCUUUUGAUCUUUUAAAGCCGAGUCGAAGGCGACCUGGAAAAGAAUAUGCAAGUGAUACAGUAUUACCAAUGUUUCAAGAAGUUUUAAAACAGAACAAUUCGUCAAGUAACAAACCUCCACCACCACCUGAAAGCAACAAGAACUCAAUGCUGUCAUCAUUAUUGAAGAAACCGUUACAGCCAUUUAUGCCUCCGGCUGUGAAUAAAUUUAAUUCUUCAUAUAAGCAAAAAAACUUUGGUGUGCCUCCCGGUAGUAGUAGCAGUAAUAGUAAUAAUAGUAGCAUGUCACGUCAGUUAAGAAUGACACAUUAUUUUGAUAGAGCUUCAUCAGGAGACGCAUCUGAGUCCUCUAAAUCUAAAGUUGUCCCCACUUGUUCUGUAUGUGGUUACAAAACUAGGUGGAUAUCAGAGUUGCAAAGACAUAUGAGAGUGCACUCACAGGAAAAACCUUUUCAUUGUCACAAAUGUAAAUAUCAUUGCAAGUGGAAAGGUGAUCUAAAUCGUCAUUUGAUGAAAUAUCAUGGGAUUAAAAUGCCUACAUCAUCUACCAAAAAGUAUGGAAUACCUAAAUUAAAACUGAAAAAAUCUAGCUCUGUUGAUCCUGUUAGUGAUUGGCAGGUUAAUCAAGAAGCUAAAAGGAACCAACUUAGGGCUUCUGCACCUGUUCGAAAUUCUGAUCAGGAUUCACCAUUGGACUUGACAUUGACCAAGGAAACUUUCCCACAUCCUUACCCUCAAAAUGAUGUUUAUGACCCGUAUGAUAUUGAGAACUUGUCAUCUGGUCUAGGCUCAGAAGAACCAAUUGAUGUUGAGACAGUUGAUUCAUAUUCUUCAUUCAGACAACAGCCUUUGCAGCAUAUGAGAGAGCCUUCUCCUAACGGUGGUGAAGAAUCACCAGGUGGUCUGAAACGCAAGUACCAGUGCCCAUUUUGUACUUUCGGAACUACCACAGCAUCACGUUUUCAUGUGCACAUUGUUCAACACUAUAAUCGACGUCCUUUCAUGUGCUCGGUGUGUGGUUAUAAUUCAAAUUGGGAAUGGGAUAUUACCAAACAUAUUCGUCUCAAAGGCUGUCGAGAUAAAUCCCACAAUAAAGCUUGUGUUCUCUUGACUGAUGAAACAGGAAGGCGAAAUUAUGAAAAGUAUGAAAAAUACCUAGUUGAUAUUGAUAAACCUAAGCCGCUGCCUUCAAAUUCAUUGCCUAUUAUAACUGAAGUGAGCAGCCUUUCUGAAAGUAGUGAACCAAGAUUUAACACUAAUAGACCAAAUUUUACUGAACCGCCUGCAAAGAAUUGUAGCUAUGAUUUCAGGAAUAUAGGUUCCAAUUUUGAAGAAGCUCCUGUAAAUAUUGUUGUCACACCAGAUAUAAACUUACCAGAUGAAACUGAAAUCAUGGAAAGGUCUGAUGAGUAUGUUUUUGAUAACCAACCUCCAGAAGACCUUGAGAAAUUAAGUGACUCAACAAAACUCUUUUAUUGUAAACAUUGUAAUUUCAAACAUUCCACAAAGAGAGUAGUUGUUAGUCACUUGUCCAUUCAUGCUGGUCUGAAGCCAUUCCGAUGUCGAGCUUGUGGUAUUAGUUCUAACUGGAGACAUGUAAUAGUUAGGCAUGUUAAAGAUGCUCAUAAUGGUUAUAUGAAUGAAGUUGAAGAUAGAAUCAAUUAUGUACAAGAAGGUUAUGCAUUGCGUCUUACUUCUGUCAAUUCAGGUACAAAAGAAAAUGGCAGUGCAGGGAAAUCUGCCCAGCAGUUUGGUUGCAAGAUUUGUCCAUAUAAAUGUGACAAGGAAUUUUACAUCAAGUUCCAUAUGAAGCAGCAUAGACCUCGUGAAGGUGCAAUAUACAGAUGCGACUUCUGUCCUUAUUUUGUUAAAUUUAAGAAAACGUUGGUUAGACACAUGAAACUCCACAAUCCACCUUCUGUGGAAACUGUACCUGUUGAUGAUAAUCAAGUGCUAAUGGAUACCAAUGGUUAUGAUAAUACGGCACACUCUGAAGUUAACCCAUAUCAGAAUGAUGUUUAUGAGUUUUAUGAUCAAGGCAAUGAUUCAGCAGAUGAUUCUAUACCUAUAUCCUUUGAUAAACUUAACCAGUAUACUGAUGUUGAGCCUGUUUCGCCUCCAAAAAUAAAACGACAUAUAUGUGAAAAUUGUCCAUAUAAAACUGAUAACAAAACUCAGUACUUAUAUCAUAAACAGUUUCAUCGGCCAAACCCUUCAGCUCCAUUUAAAUGUACAGUGUGCUCUUAUUGGGCAACAAUGCAACAUCUAUUGACACAGCACAUGAAAGUGCAUUCAGAAAAUGAAUCGGAACAAGAUCAUCAGAAAGAGUCAACAAGAAGUCGCAGAUCUUCGCCAGAAAAAUCUCCAGAUGUAAUUGAAACUGAAGUUCCGGAAAAGAUGUCUGUUAUAUAUGUGAAACGGGGAGAUUUAAUUGUAAAAAUGUUUAAAUGCCAAUAUUGCCCUAUGAUGAAUAAGAAAAAAGCUAAUGUUCGCGUUCAUCAAAAAAUGCAUGGUGUAAUUGUUAAUGAUGGAAAAUUUGCUUGUACAUAUUGUAAUUACCAGUGUCUGAAUCAAGGAGGUUUGACUAAUCAUAUAAAAGUCCACCAGAAAGUCCCAGAAAAGCAGGCUUAUCCUCAACAGAAUACACCAACUCCUGAUAAGAAAUCAUCUUUAGAUGCAAAUGGGGAAAAUGUGCCUCAGAAGGGCAAAAAAGUUUUUAGUUACUGCUGCAAAAAAUGCCCUGCUGUGUUUAAGAAUGGUAAUGAUUUGGAGAAUCACAAAAAAUUUCAUGGAUCAUCAUUUCCAUUUCCAUGUACUCAUUGUGAUUACAGAGCACGGCAUAAACCUCAUCUGUUUAAGCACUUACUAGUACAUACACCUGAAUAUGGAUUAAAACGUAAUGCUUCCCAAGCACCUCUUGCAUCUGUUGAAAAUAAAAAUGCGUCUGAGUUUUUAGAUCCCUCGGAAGCAACAAAAAUUGUGUCAGGGCCUAAAAAGAUUGACCAGAUGCUACUUCUUGAAGCAUCUGAAGUAAAAGCAGCUAUGAAAAAAGUAGGAAAUGCUGCUAGUAAUCUUCAGAAAUGUGGUUUCUGUCCUGCUGCCUUCUUUAAAACAUCUACUCUGUCUUACCAUAUAUCUUUGCAUGGUAGUGAUGGUGAAUUUAAAUGCUCACAGUGUGAUUAUGCUGUUAGCAGACCCUCUAAUCUUUCAAAUCAUUCUCAGGUACAUCCAAAGAAGACCCCCCCAAAGCGUACACUUCGUACAUUCCCUUGUCCAAAAUGUCCUGCUAUCUUUUAUAAAUUAGAUAGAUUUGAAAGGCACUCUAAUCUUCAUGGUGGUAAUUAUAAGUUUGCAUGUGAUCAAUGUGAUUAUUCUGUUCGUUUUGCUGCCAAUUUGUUCAAGCACAAAGCAUUACAUGCAGCAAAGAAAGACACAGAAAAUGCAGAUUCUGUUAAAUCUCCUACUGGCAGCAAUAAUAACUUUAACUCUGUUUCUCAGUUAUCAAAGCCUUUAACAGAAAAUACAAAUAUUCUAGAAACAGAAGAAAAGAGAACAACAUUUAUUUGUGAUCGAUGUCCAUAUUUUCAGACAAGAAAAGAUGCUGUUCAAAGUCAUCAGAGACGUCAUUGGUUGCAAGAUGGUUUUAAAUGUCCAUACUGUGACUACAGUUCAAUGCAAAAUAGUUUUUUGCAGAACCAUCUUAAAAUGCAUAUACAACCUCAUCAGUUAUUUCCAGCUCAAGCAUUUAUGAAGUAUCAGACAUUCAAAAUCUGGUGUAUGGAAGAUGGAAAGGAAACACUUUUAUUUGAUGAUGAACAGAUAAAUAGCAAUGAACAGUCCUCAGAAGAAAAGCAGAGUUGUUCUGAGGAAAGUAAUGAGGAAGUAGAACAAAGAUGCAAGAAGCAGAAAACUACAAAGGUAUCUUAUGAACCUUUGGAAAAUGAUUAUUCCAUAUCCCAAAGUCCUUUAGCUACUGCAAACAAUCCUAAAGUGCCUGUAGUAGUUUUAUCAGAUAUUUUUGCAAAUGAUAAAGACAUGAAAAAGUGGGCUCCAAAACUUAAAAUCCCUAAACUAAAAAUUUCAAAAUGCUCUGAUAUACUAUCUAACUCAAGCACAUCUAGUAAAAAAUAUUCCAAGUUUAGUUCUGAUAGUUUAAAUGAUGAUGAAAAGUCACAGAGUAGCUCUAAAAGUCACUCAAAGCCAAGUUUAGUAGUAAAAAUAAGAGUUGAAAAUUGUCUGGUCAACAUGCAUGAGAAAACUAUGUAUAGUGUUACAUCUAGUGAAGCAGCUGAACCUGCUGAGCAGUCCAAGGUUGAAAAUGUGGUCGGCUCAACAGAAAAUACUAAUGAUUCAACAUCUGAUAUAAUUUUUAGAGAUUCUGACCCAUCUCUAAAUGCUAUUGCUGUACGUUCUCCUGUACCUGGAGAUAUUGAAGACUGUACAUUAACAAGCAGUUCAGAACUGGAUGAUUCAAUGAAGGUAACUGAUGAUAGUGUAGAAGUUGAAGACCUUAUGGAUUCCAUUGUUGGACCUAGUACAGACACUGAAGAACUAAUUAUCUCUCAACCAGCUAAUGAAAUUUGUGAUUUAAAAUCUGAUGAAUCGUAUUCGAACGAUACAGUUCCUGUUGUGAUUAGGGAUAUUUUAUGUGACAAAUUAAGUGAUUUGAAUGAUUUAUCAUUCAAAGAUAAUAUAUCAUUGACCAAUGGUGAUAGAGCUACUCAUUUGGCAAAUGGACUUGCAAUGCUUACCGAAGAAAUUCAAGUUGAACUCUGAACUACCAAAGAACACAUUUUUUUUAUGUAUUAUGUAUCAUAUUUUAGCUUCUUCAUAUGAAGUUUGACCUGACUUUUGUAAAUAUCCUGAUCAUCACUUUUACAGUUUAUUGAUUGCUUCAUCUUAUCUUUUAAUGAAAUUCAUGCCAUUGGUAUACUAUAAACGAAUACACGCAUAUUUAUUACUUACAAGUCCAUUGUAGCUGAAAUUUUCAAAAAGAUGUUCUAUGACAUGUAAAGUUCCUGAUCAUAUUUUGAUAAAUUAUUUAAAAAUUC